CACUAUUGAGGUGCGUAUACGUAUACAUAGGCGAGCCGAGCGGUUCGCGUGCCGCUUGUGAGCCGCUCGAUGGUGGUUCGUUGAAAUGAUUUUUUCCGCGAAGCUCCAGCGAUCCACAGAUUCAACGCACCAAACGCAAACAAAUAUCGCAGUCGACAAAUGCAGUAUGGCUUCGCGAAACGAAAAUUAUACUAUUUUAGUGAUGAGUGCUGCAGUUUUAGUAAUGGCUGAUGUAAAUAAAAAAAAGAGAAGACAACGACGUUGGUGACGUACUAAUUUAUUCAAGAAACGCAGUGGUACGGGAAUUUUAAUGGACCUAAAGUCGCAAGAAAUAAGCGGACAGUAUAAAAAUUUCACUCGAAUGACACCUACUGACUUUGAGAAUCUGCUGCAAAGGAUUGGACCCCAUAUUUCAAAACAGGAGACUUAUUUUCGUACUCAAAUCUCUGCCCAAGAUAGCUACCUAAGACUCCCACAGCUUGGAAACAAGUUAGCAAGAUAUUUGAAACUCGUUGGAACCUUCCUCAUUGUGUUGGUGCCCUAGAUGUGAAACACGUUGUUUUACAAGCACCAGUGAAAUCGGGUACCGAAUUCUUCAAUUAUAAAUCCAAUUUUAGUAUUGUGCUUUUCGCACUGGUUGAUGGUGAUUAUAACUUUAUGUUUGCUGACGUAGGCUGCCAAUGAAGAAUUUCUGAUGGGGGGGUUUUUAAGGCAAGCAAAUUAUAUCAGCAGCUUACAGAAAACAGGACUUCCAACACCAGAAGGACUAGAAGGAUGUUCUAUGCAAAUACCGUAUUUUUUUGCCGGCGAUAGCGCAUUUGCUUUAAGCGAAAAUCUCAUGAAGCCCUAUACUGGGGACAUUCCAAAAGGAACUCCUCAACGAAUUUUCAAUUAUCGUUUGAGUAGGGGUCGUCGCAUAGUUGAAAACGCAUUCGGUAUAUCAAGUGCAGUGUUUAGGGUGUUCAGAAAACCAAAGCUCUUAGAGCCUGAAAAAGCAGAGUGGGUUAUAAUGACAGUCAUUCUUUUGCAUAAUUAUCUCAGAAAACACUCACCAAAUAUUUAUACCCCUUUUGGCACAUUAGACUAUGAAGUUAAUGGAAAUUUAACUGAGGGAUCAUGGAGAAAUGAAGGAGAUAUGACGUGUAUGGUACCUAUACGAAAUAUUCCUCGAAGACCCACAAACUAUUGUACAAAAGUUAGAGAUGAAAUCGCUAAUUAUUUUAUAAAUAAUGGAGCUCUAGAAUGGCAGGACCAAUAUGCUUGAAUUUAUAACAAUAAUUACUUACCGUAGCAAGUCUUUUUCGUGGCAAAUCUGUGUCUUCUAAAAACCUAAAUGCUUCAUAGGCGAACCAUCUGCUGCAAUAAACUUCAUCUCUUCCUGAAAAUUAAAAUCGAGAUUAAAAUUAUAUACGGCAAGUGAAC